AGUAACGUGUCUUUGUUUUCCGAUACAUAUCAACUUCUGCCCACAAAUUAUGAGUAAUAAUUUUUAAAAUAUGAGAUCAUUGGUCUUAAUCUGUGCUUGUGUUAGGGACUUUUAAUAUUCCCCAUGUAACGCGAAACUGUGAAAACUAAAUUAGAUGUGUUGUAUAUUUUUUAUUUACUUAAUUCUGUGAUACCGUACAAAAAUAAUAAAACACAAAAUUUAAAUUAAAAAUGACGGAGCAACAGAUGGAUUGUGCAUUAGAUUUAAUGCGACGACUUCCACCUCAACAAAUUGAGAAAAAUUUAAGUGACCUCAUUGAUUUAGUUCCAAGUUUAUGUGAAGAUUUGUUAUCGUCUGUUGAUCAACCACUCAAAAUUGCUAAAGAUAAAGAGAGUGGUAAAGAUUAUUUAUUGUGUGAUUAUAACAGAGAUGGAGAUUCUUACAGAUCGCCAUGGUCAAACACAUAUUAUCCACCAUUAGAGGAUGGUUCAAUGCCAUCAGAACGUUUACGACGAUUAGAAGUUGAUGCAAAUUAUGCAUUUGAUCAAUAUCGUGAAAUGUACUUCGAAGGUGGUGUAUCAUCCGUAUACCUAUGGGAUUUAGAUCAUGGAUUUGCUGGUGUGAUACUUAUUAAAAAGGCUGGUGAUGGCUCAAAAAAGAUUAAAGGCUGUUGGGAUUCAAUUCAUGUGGUUGAAGUACAGGAGAAAAGUUCUGGCCGUAAUGCACAUUAUAAAUUAACAUCAACGGCUAUGUUAUGGCUACAAACUAAUAAACAAGGUUCCGGUACUAUGAAUUUAGGGGGUAGUUUAACACGACAAAUUGAACAAGACUUCCCAGUAAGUGAAUCAAGCCCACAUAUUGCAAAUAUUGGAAAGAUGGUAGAAGAUAUGGAGAAUAAAAUACGAAAUACAUUAAAUGAAAUAUAUUUUGGUAAAACAAAAGAUAUUGUAAACGGUUUACGUAGCGUACAACCACUUGCCGAUCAACGGAAACAAGCAGCAUUACGUCAAGAUUUAGCUGCCGCAUUACAACGUCGUCAAGCAAAAGGUGAUAACUGACAUGAUCAUAUACAACAGCAAACUACAAAUGAUAAUAAUAGCGGAUUUGAUAAUGAUAGCGGAUUUGAUUUAUCAUCGUGUCACGAAUACUAUUAUUAUGGUGAUAAUCAUUCUAACGGCGUUUAAAAAAAACAGUUAUUUAUUAAAUCAAAGCAAGACAAUUAUUAAUUAUUAUUGUUGAGAUUUUUCUUUUGCAGUAAAUAAUAGGGAAAAUGUGUAAACUGUUAAGUAAAACGGCCACAAAUCGUACGACCUCAAAACGGAAAAGUCCAUAAAUCCAUAAAUGGUCAAUUGCUUACGACUUUGACUUGAGAUUUAAAUCACUUUAUACCUUGAUAAUCGAAUUUCGAUUAGCGAAAUGCGAUAACUUCAGAGAACUUCAUCUCUAAGAUCAUAUUUCGUCCUGUUUUAUGAAAUGGGAUCCAAUAAUAAUAAUAAAACAUAAAAUGGGUACCACAAGCCAUGCAGCAAGCCCACAGCUUCUCUGCUGGGAUUUCUCCCAUAAUUGUUGAAACCAAGGUUUCAAACCCAAACAUUCUGUACCCGACGCCCUUCAGAUUAGAUGAGAUCUCUAUUUUAAAUAUCUUUAUAAAAGAGGGGUAAGGGAGUUGGUAAGUUAACCCGCUUAUUAAAUCUUGGCUUGCAGAAGAAAGGGUUGUAGAAUUGAUACUCGUAAAAGGUACUUCUUUACACUAAUUUAAUUUUCGCCUUGAGUUCAAUUUAGAAAAUUUUUGUACGUUACGUGGCAAUAAAGUUUGUACAUAAUACGUUUUCCCUAUUCUGAAAUUUGGUAACCAACCCCCCACUCAAAUUAGAAUCAAAAUAUGUAUUUUAGGUCGUCUUUUAUAGAAAAAUUUAUUUUACUGCGAGAAUUAAAGCUCAAUCGAAAACCGAAUUUGUUAUCAAAUACAAAUCCCAUUUAAUUUUUAAAUUGAUUAUUGACGAUUUAUUAAUUUAAAAAUUAAA